AUGGCGCCAUCGGGUUCCCCCCCUCAACAGCCGCCGCCGAAAAGGAUGCGAGAGUACGCCCCCGACGAGCAGAUCCCGUUCGACGAGUUUGCCGUCGAUUUGACGCUACUGGAGGUCCAAUCCCAAUACCCCUUCCCAACCGGCCCCGCAUCCACCGUUGACCCAGGCAAUCAGUUCAUCAACAUCGUCCUGCCGAUCACCUACUCGAUAUGGUUAUCGACCCCUCGCGCCACGCGCGAGACGUUUGGGCCCCGACGAGAUCGUGAGGUGGAAUCCUGGACCCCGACCAAGGAACAUGCCGCCCGCCCGUCCGUCCGGGCGAGCGAUGGAUGGCACGCCGAGGAGAUGCGGGCAUGUCACUUUUCGAAUGAGCUCAUUUGGGAGUUCAUCAAGACAGAUGAUGCCAGGACCCAGUCGGCCACCAUUGUUUGUACCAAGGCCUUGAGAACAUGCCUGAAGCAGAUCUCAGAGGCCCCGAUCAGCGUCUCUUUCAUCCUGCACAUCUCAACCCCCGACCCGCGACACCCAGUCAAACAAGCCGCACCACACCCCGCGCUACCAUCUGCUCAGACCCCUUGUGGCCCCUCCCAGGGGGGUGCCAGCAUGAAAUCAACUUUUGAUUGGCCUGUGAAUUGGCCUGCAACCAAGUUCUUCCCGUCCAGCACCUCACUGAACCGACGCCGAGCCGGAGCCCAUCAAGUCCCCCGCCCUAUGACACCCCCUCCCGAAAUUGGGGCAAUCGAGGAGGCGUUCGCGGCCCUUGUACCGAGACCUCCCGGCGUUCCUAUCCAAGUAGAUCUAGAGUACAAACUCUAUAUCCCAUUGGGCUGGAGUCAGAGCGGUGGGAAGAAUGCCCAAUUGUACUCCCAAAUUUACACGCACGAGUCAGCCACCAGACGCCCGAUGACGGUACCCAUUGAGACCCUCGAUUUUCCUCAGUUACAAGCGAUCGUCUAUUCCCACUUGGCCGAAGAGGACGCCUCGGUAUUACUCGGCAGCCGCGCGAAGUGCGUGGACGAAAAUGACGCCCUCAUGUGGAGGUUUGACAUCACGGAACCCGGCCAACCCAAAACCAGCGGCAUCAUGAUACCAGGCCCCCUCCGCUUUCGGCAAUUCGUAAAUGCCGCGAAAGCCUCAUCCGCGCUGGCGAGGGUAGCGAUUCGUCUGGAACAUGAGAGUCACACAGGACAUAUCAAAGUCGUCCCUUAUGCCCAACGCGUAUACUACGCAGCGCAUCACCCAGGUGACCCGAUCCCUGUGGCUCCAGAUAAGCGAGCAGACGCGCCUGCGCCCCGGAUGAACCUCAAAGAGGCCCCCCCCGCUCGGGCCGGCGUGGACGCUCACGACCCGCCAGGAAACACCAACCCGAGUCCUCCGACCGAGGCCACCCCCCCGUCGCCCGCGCGGGCCCCUCGGAGCGCAGUCGAGGCCCCCGCGCCAACUCCACUCAACCACAUGAACCCUGACAAACUCACGAUAGGCCAAUUCCUGGCCGUGUGCCAUAUCGACCCAAAUGAACCCAAAGUAUUGAAGCUUUUGAACGAACACGGGAUAGUCCACUGGCGCGCGCUCAUGGGUGUUCCUGAUCAGACUCUUGGCGAAUUGGAAUUCCCCUGGGGGAUUUGA